CAAUUGAAAAAAGCAACUCCCAUUACAAAAUUACCCAAAAAAGGUUCUUCGAUUCUAUCUAUAAAAAAUCGGCACUUUCAGUAACCCACUUCAUCACAUAAAAAAAGGAUUAUAUUCUAAAGUUGAGUUGAGUGUUUUCAUCAAUUUUGAGUGAAACUUUUUGUGGGUAUUUGAUGAUAGUAGCUGAAUCAUGGUAAUUGGGAAGAAUUUUAAGGAUUCACUUAAGUCUCUUGAAGCUGAUAUUCAACAUGUUAAUACUCUGCUUGACAAGUGAAACUCGGUCUCAGGCUCGAACUCAUUUAAGCUCGGCUUGAUUCGAGCUUUAAGCGACUAGCGAGGAGAUCUCGAGUAGUCAUGAGCGGCCCCCUUUACCAAAAAAAGUAAAAGUUAUAGACAGCAGCAUUCUGGUUCUUGAUUAUGUCUGCAUAUAAAAUGAUUAGACAUAGUGAUGUCUUGAUUAAAUCUUGUUCUGGGGCUUUAAGUUCGGCUCGGGACAAAGAUGGAGCUUGCCUUCAAAUGCGACUGUCGUUCAGUCCAGCUGUAGAUUUGUUUUCCUUCCUCUUUCCCUGGAUGGAUUGUAAAAUCGCCGGAGCCCUCGGGUUGCUUCGGGUUUUCAUUUAUAUGACAUUUGCUGAUGGGAAAACUACAAUGUGUAUUCAAGAAAGGAAAGCAAGCCUCAAACAAUUUUAUGAUGUUCUGUUUCCUUCGAUAUUGCAACUCCAAGGUGGGAUAACCGAUUUGGAAGAAAGGAAACAGAAAGAAAUAUGCUCAAAGAGGUAUUCGAGUAAGGAUUGCUUUGAUAAAGGAAAGCUCUCAAAUUUUGACGUUGAAAGAGAAACCGAAUGUGGGAUUUGCUUGGAAACAAAUAGCAAAGUGGUGUUACCGAACUGCAGCCAUUCGUUAUGCUUGAGGUGCUUUCAGGAUUGGCAUGAGAGAUCCCGAUCAUGCCCGUUUUGUAGGGACAGUCUAAAGGAAGUAAAAGUAAGUGACCUUUGGGUUUGCGUCGAGGCUGGGGAAACGGUCGAUAUGUGUGAGAUAUCUAAGGAAAACAAGAAGAGGCUGUUUAUGUACAUAGAGAAGUUGCCACUGAUGAUGCCACCUGGCCUAUCUGAUCCAGGUGAUUCUCAUCUAAGAUAAAAAGAGGCUAUAAAUUAAGAAAGUUUAUAUAAGAUUAGUUUAAGGUGUAGAUAAUCUUACAAAUUGGAUGUUCUUCUAGAGGUGUAAAUCCUGGUUUGGUUCCCCUUUUUUUUUCUGAACUAUAUAGGAUUCUUACUAUUGUUCUCCUUGAUCAUUUGUAAAUGCAUAAAGAUUAAGUUGCGACGGCGUAUAUUUUAUGUGAUCA